UACUUCUCACCACCCAGAAAGCCAAAUUUCCACUAUCAGCUGCGAAAAAGAACCCACUUUGCCCAACAUGCGAAGCAAGACAGACAGGUCUAAUAAGACUUAAACCCCACUAAACAGAAGCUUCUUAUGGUGUUGGUAAAGAAACAAUUGAGCAAUAGAAAUAAAAAGAACAAAACAUUUGUCAACAUAAAUAGGAGAUUAGAAACAUUUACCUUUCCGUCCAGCGGUAGAUAAGAUGCCCCAACUGCCAUGAAAGUGAUGUUCCAGAAGAACUCAAUAAGCCAUCAUAAUAGCUUGAAACCCUUCUUCCAUGGCCAAAAACAUGGAAGAAUUCAGCUUUCCUGAAGUAUCAGUGGAGCAGAACUCACACCAUCAGCUCUCCUUCCCACACUUUGCCUCCUCUCCUCUUUGGUUCCAGUCGUCGACUUCCUAUCACAAGUUCACCUCCCUCGACCACCAUGAUCAGCGAAGGCGGAGCUUCUCAUCAGUAGAUCUCCGCCGCCUGGAUAAGAAAAGCUCAACAGAGGUUAGAGAUGAAGAGAGGAUGGACAUGCUGUGGGAGGAUCUCAAUGAGGAGCUCCAUCAAAUUCCGCAUAAGGGAAGAAGUGGAAGAAGGGAUGGGUCGGGAAACUCAACUAAAUUGGAUGGGAAGAGGAAUGGUGCAGGAGACAUCUUCUGUUCAAAAGCUGCUCCAAACCGCAGACCUGGCCUGAUGAUAAUAUUAAAGGUGUUGAAGACGCUGCUGUUGAUUCAGAAGAUCAGAAAGAGAAGAAAAAUGUCGGCUUAUCACAUGUAAUCAGCCACAUGUAUGUUAAUCAAAGAGUGCAGAGAUGGAUGGGAUUCAGAAUGAAACAAAAUUUACAGAGCUUCAAGAAAAAAUAGUUAUUUCUCUAGCAUGACAAAACAGUGGUCUCCAUGUUCUUAUUUUUGUUCUGCGUCAAUUUGAUCCAUGUACAUCUUUUUAGCUAUUUAAAAGGAAUGUGUCUGACUUGGAUUUACAUCCAAAAUAUUAUGGUGAGGUGAUCAAUUUUGCAAGACAAAGGAGAUCUCAGCACUCUCUUAUAACUACUAAAAAUGGACAGUAAAUUCAGUUGGCCUUUUCUGUCAGGGUAAACAGGUCAGCGGCUGAAACAAGAAAACAGAAGCGCCAAAUGGGAAAGAAAGGAUAGAAAAAAACUAUCUAUAAUACUUGUGUGCUUCCUUGCAUAUCCAUAAGCCCAUGUCACCUUUUACUAUCCUAGCUCGUUCCAAUGAUCUCAUGUUCUUUUAUGGGCUUUCUGAAACGAUGGGCAAUCGAUUUGAUAUACUUAUCUUGUACAUGAGAAAUUAAGUUAUUGGUAAUUGCCAAUUUUCCAAGUAAA